AUCUAGAGCAGCUUGGUGUGUACCCCACACUGACAUCAUCAUGAUCGCACCGCUCCUUGUGAUUAUAAAAAGCGUCACCUCCAUAUUCCAUUGAAUUUAAAUUUCCCUUAUUCUACUAACACUAUGUGGUUCACAUCCGAUUCUGAAGAGUCUCAAGCACACUCGCAGGUGACUGGCGGACACAGCGCCAAACUGAGUCAUGAGCUCAUUGCCGCUGCCGCGUCAUACGAGGCUGCCAAAGCGUACGAGAAACAUGUUCAGCAGAACGGAAAACCUGCAAACCAUGCGAAGGCAUAGGCGCUGACGGGUGGCUUUGUUGACCGCAUUGCAGAGACCAAGGGAAUGGACGAACUUGAUAAGAAACAGCCAAGCACGCAGGUACGAUCUUCAACUUUUAAAGUAUACUAUGCCCUGAAUCAUUAUUUCUAUAGCACAUGAACGGGCUAAAAGCACCCUCGAGAAACAUGGAGAAUUUUGAUUGUGUAUAGUAGUAUGUUGGACGUGCACGACGGACUUGGUA